GAAGAAAAGUAGAACCCUGUGUUUCCUGUUAAUACGGAAACUGAAGCAACGUUCAUAUUUUCCACCCCAACCGUCUAUUGUGGUUUCUGUGGUUGCAGCUGCCGGAAUCUCUCCAGAUGGCCUCAUCUGAUGAGCAAGGAAGCCCGAAAAGGAUGAAAAUGUGUAAUGAAGGUACUGGAGAAGAUUUCAGAAAGAAAUACAUGGAAUCAGAGAAAGAGAAAUACCAAUCUAUAAAAAAUGAUUACUGCAACCUAAUAAUGAUAAGAAAUACUCAGAAUAAAGAGGUGAUAGAAGAUAAAAGAACAGCUUCGGGUAUAAAACAUCCCCAGAUCAUGGGGGAGAGAACUUCUGAGGAGCAUUCACCAACCACAAUCCAGGCCCUCUUUGACCCUGAUGAAGAUGGUUCCACCCCUAAGAUUGUUGUGUUAGAAGGACCUGCUGGGAUUGGAAAAACAAUGACCUGCGAGAAGAUCAUGCUGGACUGGGCCUCUGGGGAUCUCUACCAAGACAAGUUUGACUUUGUGAUUUAUCUGAGCUGUAGAGAAAUCGGUUCCAAAUACAUAAGCCUUGCAAAACGUUUAUCCGAAGCUUGUGGAUUGGAGGAGGAUGUGAUAAAGUCAAUUCUGAACAAUCCUGAGAAAUUACUUUUUCUUGUAGAUGGUUUUGAUGAGGUGGAAUGGUUUAAACGAUAUUCCUGGGGGAUUUGUAAAGACCCUUUUCAGAGCACUAACACACAUUCUCUCCUGGGAGGUUUACUAAGUAAACAAUGUCUCCCUGAAGCUUCUCUGAUCAUCACCAGAAAACCAAUGGUAAUACAAACGUUAAAUGAGCUUAUUAAAGAAUCCUGUUCAAGUUUUGUGGAAAUUCAGGGAUUUACAGGAGAAGAGCGUAAAAAAUAUGUCUGCAACCAAAGCAUAUUGAAUAGGCAGCCUGAAGACAAGGCUCUCAGUAUAAUACAAGACAAUGACCUUCUUUUCAGCCUGUGUGCUGUCCCCUCCAUGGCCCAGAUGGUGUGCAAUCAGAUAGCUAAGUACCCCGAAAGUUCUUCAUGUAAAACAGCUACUUAUUUCUUGUUAUCCUACUUGAAGGAUUUAAUAACGGACCCUGGUACAGGGAAUGAUAACAUGGAACACAAUAUAAAGAAUAGUCUGAUUGAACUGUGUGAGCUGGCUAAUAAGGGAAUUCAGAAACAACAAAACACAAUUGAGAAAAAAGAGUUACACCUACAUACUCCCCUUUCCAAGUUUGUGUCUGUAUUUGUGAACUUAUUUAGAGAUAUAACUGGUACCCAGGCCUACUACAGCUUCAUCCAUCAGAAUGUACAGGAGUUCCUUGCUGCUCUGGAUUUUGUGCUGAAUUACCAUCCUUGUUAUAGGGAAUGCAAUUCUCUUGUUGAAAUCCUUCACCGGAAAUCAUUCUCAGAAUUGUGUAGAGAUGAACCACAUUUAUCACCAGUCAUAAGAUUCCUCUUUGGGUUCUUCAAUGAAAAUUUGGUUUGGGAAUUCUCAAAUGACAUAAGGAUUGAUUUUCAACCUCUAGCCAAAACUUAUAUGUUAGAAUGGAUUAUGUUUGAUGACCCAUCAGGUAUAUCUACUGAAGCCAUUUCUUGUCUGUAUGAGACUCAGAAUGACAACAUCAUUAAGAAAAUCAUGUCUCAAUCAAAUUUUAACAUUGGACCCUCACGGAUUCCUAAAUCACUGAACAGGAAGAAGUGUCCCAAGGAGCUGUGCUAUUGGUUGAAUGUUUGUAAAAGUAAGAAUCUCACUUUUCAAAAUGUCACAAUGGAUUCUGAGACAUUAGAAAGGUUAUCUCCAUUCAUACAUGACUGUCAACAGCUUAGCCUAAAUUCCUGUGAUUGGACACCCUCGUGCUGGGAUGCUCUGCGCUCCAUCCUUAUCAAAAAAGGAUCUCUCACCAAACUGGUCUUAUCCUGCAACCCCAUAUUAGACCAUGAGAUAAAAACUCUUUGUGAGGGUCUCGGAGAUCUGCACUGUACUCUGCAGGAUGUGAGCCUCUAUAGGUGUGUUUUGUCUGCCUCAUGCUGUAGUGAUCUCAGCUCUGUUCUUAUUACAAACCGAUCCCUCACCAAACUGGAUUUAUCAUGGAAUGAUCUACAGGAUUCUGGAAUAAAAGUUCUGUGUGAUGGACUCUCAGAUCCAAAGUGUACCCUGCAGGAACUGAACCUCAGUCACUGUGAUCUGACCACCUCCUGCUGCAGUGAUUUCUGUUCUGUUCUUAUUACAAACAGAUUUCUCACCACACUGGAUUUAUCAGAGAAUGAUCUACAGGAUUCUGGAGUAAAACUUCUGUGUAAGGGACUCACACAUCCGAGGUGUACCCUGCAGAACCUGAGACUUCAGCGAUGUGGUUUGACUCGCGCAUGCUGUAAUGAUCUACGCUCUGUUCUCAUCACAAAUCGUUUUCUCACCAAACUGGAUGUAUCAGAGUGUGAUCUAUAUGACUCUGGAGCAAAAGUUCUGUGCAAGAGUCUCAGAGAUACACGUUGUAAUCUGCAGGACCUGAGCCUCAAUGAUUGUUGUCUGACCUCCUCAUGCUGUGAUGAUCUCAGCAUUGUUCUGUUCAAAAAUCCAAUCAUAACAAAACUGGAUUUAUCAGAGAAUGAUCUACAAGACUCUGGAGUGAAACAUUUGUGUAAGGGACUCCGAGCUCCAGGCUGUAGAUUACAGGUGCUGGGACUCCAAUUAUGUCGCCUGACUUCUUUGUGCUGUGAAGAUCUCCAAUCUGUUCUUAUCACAAACCAAUCUCUCCAAAUACUGGAUUUAUCAGGAAAUCAGCUCCAGGACUCAGGAAUAAAACUUCUGUGUGAUGGACUCAAAGAUCCUAAAUGUACCCUGCAGGAAAUGAGUCUCCAGCAAUGUGAUUUGACUUCUGUUUGCUGUCAAGAUCUCCAAUCUGUUCUUAUCACAAACCGAUCUCUCAGAAAAUUGGAUUUAUCAGGAAAUCAGCUCCAGGACUCAGGAAUAAAACUUCUGUGUGAUGGACUCAAAGAUCCUAAAUGUACCCUGAAGGAAAUGAGAUUCAUUCAUAGUUUUGGAAAAAUGUUGAGCGCUGAAAGUCUCUUUUCAGUUAUUAGAAAAAAAAGCAUCCAACUGGAGGCAAGUCUGGUUGUUAGUCAAUCAGAGGCAAAUGAUUGUAUUAAUCAAUUACAGCAUCUGUGCUGCACUUGGGCGUGGAAUCAAACUUCUCUUCUGGGAGAGAUUUAUAUUACAUACAAAAGAUGCACAUAAGCAGACAUAAACGAGGAAGUUAUACAGCAGUAAAAGACUGGACAGACUAAUACCAUGUAAUCUUCUGACCUCCAUCUACUGGGAAAUAUUCCAUAAUGAUCUGUUCAGGAAUUUCCCAUCUUUUGCAUUCAUCUUUUUAUAUUGGAAUUUGUAUUAGGACCUAUAUAGGGUUUAUAAUGUAAGAGAUACAUCCUAAGAAACAAGUUCCCAGAUUCACAAAAGAGAUACGACGGAGUAUCUCAGAUACUCCGUCGUAUCUCUC